AUGGCAGCCAAUACGUUGUUGUUAAGUGAUUUUGAACAUCAGUACUCCGUGCAAACUGCUGAAAUCACAGCACGUAUCGGACGUUUGAAAGAUUUGGAUAAAAAUGGGCGAGUUGAAGGGAUUCAUCAGGUUCAGCGUUUACUGGUUGAUGUUGAAAAUCUUUUGGAACAAAUGGAAUUAACAGUUAGAGAAUUGAAGCCAUCGAGUGCGGAGCGGUCGAAAUAUGAAUUGAGAGUUCGCAGCUAUCGAAAUGACAAAAAACAGUUAGAUGUUGAGCUGGAUAAAGCAGUUCAACGAUUGAAAGAUAACGCCGAUCGGGAUGAACUGAUAGCAUAUGAUAACCAAAUUUCCGUGAAUCAGCAAGACCAACUAAUUGAAAAUACCGAAAGGUUGGAGAGGACGUCCAGAAGACUUCAAGAUACUUAUAGAAUGGUGAUUGAAACAGACCAGAUUGGAACAGAAGUCUUGAAUGAUCUGAGUUCCCAACGUGAAACAAUAAUGCGAGCACGUGAACGUAUGCGACAAGCAGAUAGAGAUUUAAAUAGAAGCCAUAAAAUGUUGUCACUGAUGAUACGCAGAGUAAUCCAGAAUCGUUUGUUGCUACUUAUUGUGGCUGUGGCCCUUCUGUUUUCGUUGUUAUUCAUCAUUUAUAAGUCGUUGUGA